AUCUAUCCUACACUGCUGCUGUCGGUAACGGAGCAGCUGCGCACACACCUACACACACUCCCCGAUAUCUAUCACACACACACACACGCACACAAAUUUACCAAGAGCGCAGAUCUGGACUGGCGCACUGGGAACAGGGGAGGGAAGAGAAAGAGAGACAGAGAGAGGCGACACAUGCCAGAGCGGCUGGAGCAGGGGAAUGUGCCGCACUGAGGGCUCCGCUGCGUUAACGGGAUACGACACCGGGCUGAGACAGAGACGGGGGCGGUACCGGACCGGGAUAGUGUGAAAAAACAAAACAGAGGGGAAAAAGGAGUCACCUGGCUGCAGAAGGUGGGAAGGUUUAGAGAAGGAGGUGUGCCAAGGCGGGCUGACAAGGCUUCGCUUUCGGGGUACCGACCCAGGCUUAACGCGCAACGCGGAGUCAGCGCAAAGUUUCCUCGAUGGCGCUGGUGAUGGAGCCAGUGAGCAAAUGGAGUACAAGCCAGGUGGUGGACUGGAUGAAAGGUCUGGACGACUGCUUGCAGCAAUAUGUUAGUGUGUUUGAGCGCGGAGGUGUGUGUGGAGAGCGGCUGCUGAGGAUUAGCCACGCCGAGCUCGAGGAGUUGGGCGUCUCUCGUAUCGGGCACCAGGAGCUCAUUCUGGAGGCUGUUGACUUGCUCUGUGCUCUGAACUCAGGUCUGGAGACAGAGAGCGUCAGGACUCUGGCUCACAAACUUGGCGCCUCGGCCAAGAACCUGCAGAAUUUCAUCUCCGGCCGCCGUCGAAGCAGCCAGUCUGAGAGCAGGAGCUCACGGAGGCUCCCAAAUGAUCUGCUGACCUCUGUGGUUGACCUCAUCACUGCUGCCAAGAGCUUGCUGGCCUGGCUGGACAGGUCUCCCUUUGCUGCAGUGGCAGACUACUCUGUAACCCGAAAUAAUGUCAUUCAGCUCUGCCUGGAGCUCACCACCAUUGUACAGCAGGACUGUACGGUGUUUGAGACCGAGAACAAAAUCCUUCAUGUGUGUAAGACUCUGUCGGAGGUGUGCGAGCACAUUGUGUGCGUGUCAUCGGACCCGUUGGUGUCGCAGUCGGCUCACCUCGAGCUGGUUCAUCUCACCAACGUCAAACAAUCUGAAGGCCUGGGGAUGUACAUCAAGUCAACUUAUGAUGGCCUCCAUGUGAUCACAGGAACCACUGAAGGGUCUCCGGCUGAUCGCUGUAAGAAGAUCCACGCAGGAGAUGAAGUCAUUCAAGUCAAUCACCAGACUGUGGUGGGCUGGCAGUUGCGUAACCUGGUCGGCUCACUGAGGGCCGAUAAAGGCGUCGUGUCCCUGACCCUGAAGAAGCGUCCACAAAGCACUCUCAGCUCGGCCCCUGCGCUGCUGAAGAACAUGCGCUGGAAACCCCUGGCUCUGCAGCCAACCAGAAGCCCAGGCAGUGGCUCGGCCACACCUUCAGGCACACCCACUAAAAGCUCUGCCCUCCAGGACCUCUACAUCCCCCCUCCACCUGCCGAGCCCUACACACCCAGAGACGAGACAGGAGCCUUGUCUGGAGAUGAGGCAUCUCGUAACCAUGGUGGCGUCAGCGUUGCUAAGCGCUCUGAGUCACCAAACUCCUUCCUGGAUCAAGAGUCUCGCCGGCGAGAAGAGGAGGAGCCUGUGUACUGCACCACACCUACAUACGGCAGGCUGAGGCCCAUCUCCAUGCCUAUGGAGUGCAACUGGGUGGGUGACUAUGAAGACCCAUCCAAGCUUAACAGAGAAAACCGCAGAGAAGCCUCACUGAUGCGUUACGUUGGACUUUCCGGUGGGGAUGAGCGAACUGGUUCUGAAGAGUACUCCUCCCACACGGCUCGUCCGGGCAAACGGUCUAAUGACACAGCAAAGCGCGCUAAGAGGCGGAGCCAUCACAGCCAAAGCCCUUCCCACUAUGUUCUUCAGACAAAUCAGAGAGAUUCACCUCCAAGAGACCCAGCCUCCAUUUAUCAUACAUACCAGCAGUCAUCCUCUUUGCAGUCAAAGAACAGGAAGAAGAAUAAAGGACGAGGUUUGACCUCCUUGAGUCGGAGGCGCGUUUCCUGCAAGGCGCUGGGCAGAGGAGACUGUGAAGGCUGGUUGUGGAGAAAGCGGGAUGCUAAGGGUUACUUCUCUCAGAAAUGGAAGAAGUACUGGUUUGUCCUAAAAGACAACUGCCUGUACUGGUACAUCAAUGAGGAGGAUGAGAAGGCAGAGGGUUUCGUUAGUCUUCCAGAGUUUAAGAUUGACCGGGCCAGUGAAUGCAGAAAGAAGUAUGCUUUCAAAGCGUGUCACCCCAAGGUCAAGAGUUUCUACUUUGCAGCAGAUGGAGUGGAUGACAUGAACAGGUGGCUGAGUCGUCUUAACAUGGCAGCCGUUGGCUACGCGGAGCGAGAGAGGAUGCGUCAGGAUCAGGAUUAUUGGAGUGAGAGUGACCAUGAAGAGGACACCACCUCCAGCCCUAAACAAGACAGCCCUCCUCCUCCUUAUGAUACUUACCCAAGACCUCCAUCAAUGAGCGCCUACUUGGAAGGCCGGGCACGCCUGUCUUCCACAGAAACGUCUCGCUCUCGUUCUUCCCAGGAGGACUUCCUGUGUGGCGAGCCACCUCCGGCAACUGCAGAGCCACAGUACCACCCUGGACCUUUGGGAGGAGGCACCACCCACAGUGGGAGAAAACCAGGGGGCAGCAACAGCAGCGAUAUGCAGUACAGAUGUGAUCCUGUAGAGUACCGCUCCAGUCCUGCAGGGGGCAGCAGUGAGACAGGAUCCCCAGGCCGGUCUUCAUCUUCUCAGAGGCGCUCUUGGCAGGACCUUAUUGAGACACCGUUGACUGAGGCUGGACUGCACUACUUACAAACUGGACCUCUUGAGGAUGCUGUCUUUGCUGAGCCAGGCCCAGGUGGUGGCUCGAUGAUGGCUGGAGCCGUUUACACUCUUCCUCCACAGAGGAACGCCCCGUUGCCCAUGGCGAUGCAGAGGCUGAUUCCUAUGGCAACCCAAGGAGGGAAACCCCGCAGCUUCACAUUGCCACGAGACAGCAACCUACACACACUCCUUGUACCGCCUGCAAAAGAAGAGCAGCAAACACACAACGGUGGAAGUGAAGGUGCGUCCCUUGGCGACCUGUUUCGUGCAUGUGAGCAGGGCGGAGUCUGUCCUUUGGGGCGGGGAUCAGAGGCCAAAGGCCAGACAGAGUUCAGGCAGUCGUUCCUCCGACGGGCUGCGGACCCUCAGCUUAAUGAGCACCUGCACCGUCUCCGCAUACUGACCUCCACAUUGAAGGAUGCCCCGCCCCUGGACGCAGAGCUCCCAUCGGGAUGUUCAAAUUAGCCUGAAAGACAGCGAGAACAGCCAACGAGAGCCUUUUAAAACUUUAAUGAAUAAAGUUUAACAUUUCUGUUUGUGUGUGGGUGUGUGUGUGUGCUUGCACUCUUUCCUCAAAACCCCUUGUUUUGAUUAUGACCACUGCUUCCUGGUUAUCAUCAGUCCCUAAAAGGGCCUUGUAUGUUUAUGAAAAUGCGACACACUCAGACACAAACACACACACACACACACACGAACACACUAAGCGAUUUGCUUGCCAACUUACUAUCCUGCUGCUGCCUGCAUCCCGUCAUUUGGAUUUUGGUGUGUUUUGUUUUGUAUUGUAUAUAAGCUAAUGUUGUACCUCUGUAUAGAGUGGGAGUGUGGUGUUUGUUACUGAUGUCAGUGGAUGUUGUUCUAUGAAAGAGUUUUAUAUUUUACUGACAUUCAGGUCUUAAGAUUGGAAAGGAACUUGUGUACAGCAUGUUUGCUGAGGUUGGAAUUACUGUAAAACUGCUUUGGCUGGAGUCGUUUGCUGUCUUUAUGCUUACAGUGCCGUCAGCAAGCAUGUCCUGAUGUCUCACCAUUAACUACCAAAGCUUAAAGGAAUAUUUUA